AUGAGCUCUGCAGCUGUGAAUUCGAGCUCUACGCCGUACCAACUCCGCCAAACUUCAUCCAAAUGCUGUUCGCAACCGCCGUUUCCGUCGUGCUCGUUGAGAAUCGCGCCCUCUCGAAGCGAGAAUGCGGCGGCCACGGCAUUUCUACAGAGAGACGCCAAUUAUGUAGCUCUUGCCAUGGGUUUACCUGUUCUCCGCCUUCUCAGAAUCAGGGCUCACGCAAUCCAUGCCCUUCCUGAAGAAAGUGACGAAUUAACAGCGUCGGAUCUGGAUCAAAAUGAAGAGGUCUGCAUCCAGCUAUCACCUCAGGGACAUCCAUCGCAGCACCCCUUCUCCAUUCUGAAUGUACUUGGUGUUCUGAGAUCAGGGGUUCUUGCUGCCCUUUUUCCACCUAAGAAGAAGGAAGAUGCCAUUUCAGAUGCUACUCUGGAAGAAGAUAAAAGGGAACUCCAACAGCAGCUGAAGGAGAAGCUAUAUUCUGUAGGAGUCCUGCAAGAAAAGAUCGAAUUGCUUACAUUGGAUAUUAGGGAGAAAGAAGAUACUAUUCGGCAUCUUAGUGUUCUACUUUCCGACAAAGAUAAGAAGAAGCAAAUGCAGGAUGUAAUUUUGAGACAUUUAGAAGAGCUGGAUCUGCAGGAUGAGAUGGUGCAAGAAUUGAAUCUGGAGUUAAUCACUGUAGUGGCUGAGAAAGAUGAGUCAGUGAAGAAGCUUGAUGCCGUUUUAGCAGAAUAUAACAACUUCAAGUCCUCUAUGGAAGAGAAGGAAGCUUCGGAGGCAAAAGAUUUGGGAGAAAGGGAGGGGAAAAUUCACCUGCUUGAUAAACAACUUAAGAGCUUGUUGGAUGAGAAGAAGAGAGACAAGGAUCUUAGAAGGACAAAGACUACGUUGGAGAGAUCAAGAGAUGAAACUUUGGAGCUGCUUAAACAAUCGAAACAGUUGGAAAGACUGUGCUCGGAGCUUGGAGAUCAGGUCUACAAAGCUCAGGCUGAGUCCAGGGAAGCAAGAGAAUCAUUGUACAAGAAACUUGAGGAAGCUAAAAAGGGAGAAGAACUCUUGUCCAAAGAACUAAGUUCCACAAAUGACCUUCUCAUUAAAUCAGAUGAAGAACUGCGAAUUAUGUCCACGGAAUUGACUGCUGCAUUGCAGAAAUGCAAUGGCUUGGAGGAGGAACUUGUUGACGCCCUUAGGAAAGCAGAGAUCGCAACGUCUGAUCUGAACGAAGACAAGAGAAUCAUAUCCUCUCUGAAGAAAGAGUUGAUGGAGUUGGAAACACAGAUGUUGGGAGACAAAGAAGCACGCGCAAGUCUUGAAUCGUAUUUAGAAGAGGCUACUAAGUCCCUCAAUGAUUUGACUCGGCAUGCAUCAAUGCUUUCCAGAGAGUUAGAGCUUGCUCAUUCUCAGGUUUCGAGUGUGGAAGAUGAGAAUGAUGACCUUUGUAAUAUCAUUGCUGAGCAGAAACAGGCUUUCUUAGAAUCUCGAGUGCACUUGGAAGACGCUUACAACCUGGUCAUGAAGCUCGCGAAGGAAAGGGAGAGUUGGAUAAAGAGAGGAAAGAAGCUGGAGGAAGAACUGACCUAUGCAAAGGGAGAGAUAAUGCGGCUGAUGAGGCAAAUCAAGUCUCCGAAACCUGCAGGUGAUGUCGAAGAGGUAGAGAAGGUCGACGUGGGGGGUAGAGCUGCAGGUGAUCCCAUCAAAAAGAUUCAUAGUUGA